UAAAAAUUCCUGAGACAAACGUGUCUCUCGAGAAACACUGUGCAGUUGGUUACCACGCCAGUUCUGUCGCCAGUCUGGUCGGCGUCAGCAGAGUUGGACAAGCGGUCGAGGUUCUCUUCCAUACUCAGCUGCUCGGCAUCAGUUCAUUCGUCUUAAUACGUACUGACCACUUUGCCAUCGUUCACUCGAGCCCGUAACUCGCAAGCAUGAGGUGGUACUACGUCAAGCCUCACGCUGCUGUGAGCCAAUAUUAUUUGGUAACAGCCGCAGUAAUCAUCGCCGUCUGCGGUUCUGCGAGGUCUGAUACGACUGGUGGACCCUCAUUUUCUCCAGUGGAUAUUACCGUGUACUACGAAUCCCUUUGCGGCGAUAGCAUUCAGUUUGUCAGAAAUCAACUAGUCCCAGCGUAUCGUGAUAUUGGAAGCUUUUUUACCGUCAACUACAUUCCUUACGGCAAAGCCACGCACGGAAAGUACGUUAGUAAUGGGGUUGAAAAAUGGCAUUUCACCUGUCAACAUGGACCACAAGAAUGCUAUGGCAAUAAAGCGCAAGCUUGCGGCAUAAACGACAUCUUGACAAACCCUGAGAGAACCAACAAGCAACAGGAUCUAGUCAAUUUUGUCGGCUGCGUGAUGCAGGCGAGGAAUCCUUCCACUGCUGUUCCACAGUGUCUACAAACGAUUGGCAUGGAUACGCAGCACGUAUCGUUAGUAGAAAAUUGCAUCUCAUCCGUAGCAGGAGAUGAGCUGCUCGCAGCUUACGGUGACAAAACUCUGGCUCUACAGCCAAGCUUGAGUUUCGUACCAACCAUCACGGUCGACAGGGCAUACUCGCAAGAGGAUCAAAUAGGCGCGCUGCGCAACUUGACAGCUACCGUCUGUAAACACAUACCUGAACAUAACAAGCCAUUGAAUUGUAGCGGCUGAACAGUGCCAUGAAUUAGUAUUUACUUCUCGGAAUUACAAUUCAAACAGAGUAAAAAGAUGUGAAUUUUUAAAUAUUCUUACCGUCACAUUUUGGUACCACUCAUUUCAAUAACCUAUAAUAUUAUAAAAUUGUUCAUCAAUUUAAAUAUAUUUUCCACGUAAUUAAAACCGAA